UCAUUUCAGCGCUUCAAUCUUCCUCUCCCACCCAACUAAAACCCUUGCAAAAUCUCUCUAUACAAAAAGGCCCUUAAAAUGCAACUGCUCCCAUUCUCAAAUCUUCGCCUCUUCUUGUCGCCUCUAAAACCCUCUUCGCUAAUCUUUUUUCGUAAACCCAGGCCUUACUCUCUCUUCGCGGUGCUCUGUUCCUCUUCUUCUUCGUCAAAACGACCCCGUACCUCAUCUAAUCGCCAGUCUUUCAAUUUUAGAAGCAGAAGAACUCGCAGUUUUAGCAGAGAGAGGGACAAAAAGCUCCCAAUGGAAUUGGAAGAGACUGGCAAUGAGACUUUUGGGUUUAAUAAAAGAAGAGCUGAAGGCAAAGAUAAGAGUGAUAAACCCAAAAGGAAUCUCCAGAUGAAAGUUCGAAAGCUCAACCCUACCAAUACAAUAUCUUAUGUGCAAAUUCUUGGGACUGGAAUGGAUACUCAAGAUACUUCACCUUCUGUAUUGUUAUUCUUUGACAAGCAAAGAUUCAUUUUUAAUGCUGGUGAGGGAUUGCAACGAUUCUGCACAGAGCAUAAAAUUAAACUAUCAAAGAUAGAUCACAUAUUUCUUUCUCGAGUAUGCUCGGAAACUGCAGGUGGAAUUCCAGGUUUAUUGUUGACUUUGGCUGGCAUGGGAGAAGAAGGAAUGUCGGUCAACUUAUGGGGCCCUUCAGAUCUUCAUUAUUUGGUUGAUGCAAUGAAAUCCUUCAUCCCUCAUGCUGCCAUGGUUCACACAAAGAGCUUUGGUUCUGAUGCUGCUGGAUUUAGUGCAAGCAACUUUACAGAUCCCAUUGCUCUUAUCAACAAUGAGGUUGUCAAAAUAUCAGCCAUUCUCUUACACCCGACAUGCUCAGAAGAAUAUGUGGUAAAGCCAGGUGAUAUGUCUGUGAUAUAUGUUUGUGAAUUGCCUGAAAUUAUGGGGAGAUUUGACCCUGAAAAGGCAAAAGCCCUUGGUCUGAAACCUGGGCCAAAAUAUAGUGAACUGCAAUUAGGGAAAUCUGUGAAGUCAGAUCGCCAGAAUAUAAUGGUUCAUCCAAGCGAUGUAAUGGGUCCUUCAGUUCCUGGUCCAAUUGUACUUCUUGUUGACUGCCCAACCGAAGCUCAUGGACAAAAAUUAUUAUCUGUGCAAUCCCUUCAUAAUUACUAUUCAGAUUACUCAGGCAGUCCACUGGAGAAUGCAAAAACUGUGACUUCCAUCAUUCAUUUAAGUCCUGCUUCUGUAAUAGGCAGUCCUAAUUACCAGAAAUGGAUGAAGAAAUUUGGUUCUGCUCAACACAUUAUGGCUGGACAUGAAAUGAAGAAUGUGGAAAUUCCUGUCCUUAAAGCCAGUGCUAGAAUCGCUGCAAGGCUUAACUAUCUGUGUCCACAGUUCUUUCCAGCUCCAGGUUUUUGGUCACUUAAGCAGCUUAACAGGACAAGUGUUGACUCCAAUUUUUCAGGCGAGGGUUGUGUCUCAAAGUUCCCUGAAAGCAUUUCAGCUGAAAAUCUACUUAAGUUCACUUUGCGUCCUCAUGCUCAUCUUGGAUUGGACAAAUCAAAUAUUCCAAGUCUGAGGGCUCCCUCAGAAGUCAUUGAUGAAUUGCUUACAGAGAUUCCAGAAGUUGUAGAUGCUGCUCAACGUGUCCGCCAGUUCUGGCAUGAAUCUGGAGAAAUAAAAGGAGGCAUAACUGUUGGGCAAGCCAACAAAGUUAUGAUUGAAGAGCCAUGGCUAGGAGAGAAUACUAUUCCUAGUUGUUUGGAAAACAUAAGGAGAGAUGAUAUGGAGAUUGUCCUUCUGGGGACUGGUUCAUCCCAGCCUUCUAAAUAUCGAAAUGUUAGUUCUGUGUACAUUAAUCUCUUCUCUAAAGGAGGUUUACUCCUAGAUUGUGGGGAAGGGACACUUGGCCAAUUGAAGAGAAGGUAUGGUGUAGAGGGUGCUGAUAGCAUUGUAAGAAAUCUGAAGUGUAUUUGGAUUUCUCAUAUUCAUGCUGAUCACCAUACAGGAUUAGCAAGAAUACUUGCUCUUCGACGUGAUUUAUUGAAGGACAUGGCCCACGAACCAAUAGUUAUUGUUGGUCCAAGGCAGCUAAAGAGAUUUCUAGAUGCAUAUCAAAGACUGGAGGACCUAGAUAUGCAGUUUGUUGAUUGUAGGAGCACCACUCUAGACUCAUGGGAAGCUUAUGAGAGCAAUAGUGGGUACAUGGAUUGCUCAGCUCCAGGAAGUCCAAGUAAUCUUGAGUUUAUAAACAAACCUAUAGUGAAUACUGAAUCGACUUUAUUUGCUGGAGGAAGCCGUAUGCAGAGCUAUUGGAAAAGACCAGGCAGUCCAAUUGACAAUGGCAAGGCAUUUCCAGUUAUGAAGGCAUUUCCAGUUAUGAAGAGUUUGAAGAAAGCGCUCAGUGAAGCAGGGUUGGAAGCUUUGAUUAGUUUUCCUGUUGUGCAUUGUCCUCAGGCAUUUGGUGUUGCGUUGAAGGCAGCAGAAAGAAUCAAUUCUGCUGGAAAAAUGAUUCCAGGUUGGAAGAUUGUGUACUCAGGUGACACUAGGCCCUGUCCAGAACUGGUAGAAGCAUCUCAAGGGGCUACAGUACUUAUACACGAGGCAACUUUUGAAGAUGACUUGGUGGAGGAAGCUGUAGCUAGAAAUCAUAGCACAACGAAGGAAGCCAUUGAAGUAGGAGACUCUGCUGGUGCAUAUCGUAUCAUCCUCACCCACUUCAGCCAGAGAUACCCGAAAAUACCUGUUUUUGAUGAGACACACAUGCACAAAACAUGCAUUGCUUUUGACAUGAUGAGUGUUAACAUAGCAGAUUUGCCUGUGCUUCCUAGAGUACUCCCAUACCUUAAAUUACUUUUCAAAAAUGAGAUGAUAGUUGAUGAAUUGGAUGAUGCUAUAGAUUCUGUAAGUGCAAUUUCGAGAUAAUUAAAUUAAUUGAGUUCUUUCAUAACUCAACCGACCAGUUUCCCAUCUGGUUUAAGAUACUAUGUGUUUGGAGCAGUGUUUUACUUUUUGUGGAAGGAAAGAAUGGCUUUUUAGAUAAA